AUGGCGAACCACGAACUAGCAUCCUCACCAGAGUACGAAGAUUACUCAAAUUCCAAGUCUCAAACUAAAAAGAAGAGAGUAGGGAAGGCCUGCGACUCGUGCAGGAUAAAGAAAACUAAGUGCGAUGGGAAGAAACCAUGUGGAAAAUGCCUAAGUGACAAUAAAAUAUGUGUUUUCACGGAGAAAAGGAAGUCCAAGGAUAGGCAUCAUCCUCUGGGGUAUGUGGAGUUGCUUGAGACUAGAAUUGACUUGCUUCUGAAGAGUUUGGAAAAGUUAACCAAGUUGGCUGCCCCACAUCUCCAGUUUUUGCAGGAUUUACAAGUGGAGAGAACAGGAAACAAUAUACCAAUCAACGAAGUGGUAAGCUACUUAAUCAAUAAGGAAGGAUUGUUGAAGAAUCUUCCUAUUGAAUGGGAAAAUGGUGCCUUAAUAGCUGCUAAAUUACCUUCUGACGAUGAGGGCAUCAUGAGAGCUAGCAAGGAAUUUGCAGAACAUUCUCAAUACUUGGAUAAGCAGGGUAAUAUUUCAAAUAGUAGUGCUGGAAGUAGUAGCAAUAAUAGCAGUUCCAAGUCUAGGCAAAAAGAUCUGGAGUAUUCACUGUCAAGACCACAAGGUGGACUAGCUCAGAGUAACAGUCGAGAUAGUGCGUAUUCCGGUUCACUUUUCCUGUAUUCAAACAUUAAGCAAGAGUACGAUGAAGACUAUGACAAAAUAGACUUAAACCAUGCUCAUCUACCACCUCCAUCUUUAAGUUCAGGAGCCAGUAGUAACGAUACUUCCUUGUCUUUGAGAAGAGCAACUCAACUGCCAGAUUAUGACCCCCCUUCAAGUGCCACAUCCUCGAACGCUUACCAAAAGGUGCCACAUAAAAAUAUAACGGAACAAGUGCCAUUUGAUGAAGAGUUUGCAUUCGGCGAGUUUUCUCCAGGGGCGGCUGUUGCUUCGUCCGCAGUUUUGAGUGGAGGAGAUAUUUUUUCACUUUCAGAAUAUGAUUCCGACGUGAAACGUGGAAGAGAACUGGUGCUGCCACAAAACCAUGCGCAUCUACCCUUAGCUAACUAUGACGAAUACUCACCUCUUUUCGAAGACAACGGACUUAAAAGUUGGGCCAUGAAUCCAAAUAAAAAUAGCUCAGUUACCUCACUUACAAAUAAGUUUGAAAAUCAUGUGAUACGAUCACCUACGGCAACAUCUGGAGUGUUCUCUGUAAAUUUAAAUGGAAGUCAAGGUUCGAUUCAUACUCAAACUGCUCCAACAACCAUUCGUCGCACUUCAUCUGUUGGUCGGUCAUUUUCACCUUCAUCGUCACAUCACCAAAAGCUCAAAAGUAACGGACAUGUUCAUAAGCCAACUCACACUAGUUCACACCAUCGUUCGAACUCUUCUACCACAAUUAGUAGCGAGUUUCGUUUGAACAGAAUUCAAUCUAAUUCUUCACUUUCAACUCCAACGCCAGACGAUAGCAAUAACCAACAAAUUGGAUAUGAUGGCCAAUCGAAUGACUAUAUUGAUAUAAGUAAUUCUUUACCGUCAGAAGCUUUCAAAUUGCUGCUGUACGAUGGCGACUUAAACAUAAUGGAUUCAGAGAACAUGGAUACUCUUUUGACGAAUAAUCCAUUUUUAAAAUCGUAG